GCAUUGAUUGGCAUUUGGCGCUUCUGACCGACUUCGUCUGCGCAUCACCGGAGUGCGCUCACUGAAUAAAUCUACCUACAAUAAGCCUCCUUACAUAUGACUGGCUUCGAAACCUCAGACAGUAUUACCGUGCGGUAAUCUUUACAAUCCGGUACUACCUGAUCUGAAUAUGUCAAAUCGUGUUAAUAACUUAGAAGUCAUCCGAGGGAGCGACAAAUCACCAUUCCAAAGAAAAAAUAUUUCACGCGCUCCCUCACCCAAUGUGCUAAGUUCUAGCACUCAACGUGGCACUGCCCUUGCCACUGAAAUCGACGCUUACCGACGUCGAAUUCAAACACUUCUUCAUUUCCUUGACUGUAUCGCCCAACACUGGUGGGAUCAUUUGUACCCAUACAAGCGCAGUUUCAUUAAAAGGCCCAGCAAAAGUGCAGAUGAAGUACGUUCUUACCGAACUCGUUUACUGGCUCGUCUAAGCAAAUGCACAACGCGAACAGUUGCACCAGCAGCUGCGGCCAUCGCCACCAUGGAAGCCCACGCCAGUAUCAAGCUGUUGCCACCAAAUUUGCUCAGCCCGAUUGCUCCGGACGUAACACAUACUGAUGUGUCCUCAGUGCUCGACAAUAGUGACGUAUUGCUCCAAAAGGCCUUUAGCCUGGCACGUCGAUUGGGCGAUAUCGAGAAACUGAAACAACGGUUAAUUUUGUCAGUGUUGACAUGGAUAACAAGCGACGGUAGGGAUUUCAACCUGAGGGCUCAACGGGUAGCGUUACUAGCUCGUCACGUGGAGCCUUGCUUGAUUGAGCAUUUCGCCGGGGUGAGAGCACUGUUAACUCAUUACUACAGACCACGUGUGCUGGUUCAAAAGCACGUCGACAAACAAGGCUCCACAGUGCCAGUUUCGUCUCGAGUAGAACCCAUAACUGCCGCUCGUCUGACUACUACCAAUGAGCAGAUUGCAGAAGCCAUAGAAAGUGUCAGUCCGAGAGCGCAUCGAUACUUACCCAUUGCUCCACUGAUCGGUCCAGACGACGCUAUGGAUGACCUCCAACUUCUUCCUAUCAUAAGGGCUCAGACAGACCUCUUCCAAUACGAUCCAGCUGACCAGAACGCCCUAUUAUACCAAUUAACUACGGACCAAGGCACGGUUGCGAAUCUCGUCGGCAGCAGACUUCCUAUUUUACCGAGCAUUGUGCUGAAUCCGUUGUCUAUCGACACUAGCCAGUUGGACUGGUUAAGCUAUGAAAUAAAUCAGCGCAAUUUUAACCUACAUAUUUUGAAUUCGGAAGAACCCGAGGAAGUCGCCUACCGUGAUGUGUCAUCUGCUUCUCCAUCUCCACCACCAAGUGACUCCAAGCUGGUUCCUGGUGUACAGCAAAAGGAAGUUUCACUAGCAUCUAAAGUGAGCAGAGUUGGGUUGAUGCUUCCACGAGCACAGCACCGAAAGUUGAGUCCAACAACAAUGAUGGGAACGCCCAUUGCUACGCCAAACGCAAAGGUUUCAAACUGGUCAGAUAUUUCAAAAGACUCUGAAUUCAGUGAAUUAGACAAUUCUAUACCAAGUCCCAAGUAUCCUUCACAUCCUGGAUGGAAAACGUCGGAUGAGAGAGCUUCGACCACGGUGACCUUAACGAUGUACCGCCAGGAUACAACCAAUGUAACAGAGGUAGUAGCAACCCCACUUCCUCCUAAGGAGCCAGAAAUCGCUGAACAGGAAGAGGCGAGUCCUUCUUGGAAGAGUCACCUUAGUUCUGAUAGUCUGCCUGAAAUUGAACCAGGGGCGGUUCUGACACUUCAAAGCCCCAGUGGUAAAGGCGAGGAACCGAAUCAGCAAGUAUUGGAUAUUCCACCAAAAAUUCAGUCGACAAACUCAAUUCCUCUUGAAUCCAAUCGUGAAUUUGUUCAUAAGCAUAAGCCACUGCAGAAACCCAACUUCGACGCGAAAAAGAUGACGGAACGAUUAUUCAAAGUGUCGGCAACCGUGGACGGCGCUGUUGUUAAGCAGCUGCCAACCAACAAAAAGACCCGUCUGUCCAACCACAAGGGGUCAGUGGGUUUCAUGUAAAGAACGGCUUUGUUGCAACAUGGGCUAAGAAUGAAACGGAUGCUUGAUCAUGACCUGUUCGUUUUUGCUUUUAUGUUCAAUGGCAAAUGACCCCGAAUCUGGUUGUACCAAGCUAACCCCAUGAGUGAUUGGAGUACAUUCCUUCCCGGACAGUAUGGGCUGUCUGUUAAGCCUUGAAUGUAAUGGGGUCAUCUGUUAGGAAUCUACAGUUUCGGUUAGCAUUUGAUCAUUCAUCGUUUCCGAAUCGGUUGGAUGCGAAUUACUUGUUCGUCGCCAUACAAUGUUGUAACUCCUUGUACGUGGGCAUAAUAUUUGGAUUUUAAGGUGG